CGAUUUAUUUUUCGACUGUGGUUUUUUGGACUGUGCAGGCAACUUUUGGCUCGGGCCAAAGUCGGCUGGAAAAGCGAGAGGAGGGAGGAUGGAGAGAAAGCUUGACGUGCAUCUACCCGGCCGGCCGGCCAAUCGGAGGAGCGUCGAGGAGGGAAUAUCAGCCGUUGGGCUGCUGCUGAUUGGCGUUAGACUUGUUAUUUUGCAUUCGCCCAACCACAAGCGCGGUGCGUCGCCAGGCCAGCUACAUUGUACAUUGAUACUUGCAUUGAUACAUACUCUCCAGACUUGCGUGGCUAACUGAGUAGCGACUUUGCUAUAAUUGUAUACACGCACACACGUACAUUAUGUCGCUAAGUGUAAGGACAGGUAAUCAUAACCUCACCACCUCCAGCAGAGCCAUCCAUCCGUGGCCUAAUGCGGUGCCGGCCCCUUCGAGAGGGUGGUGGUGGUGGUGGCCAUGGCGACCUCAACUGAUGAAACACGAUCGGCCAGAGACGACAACAAACAACAAAAAGAAACGCCCAUGUGCGCGGGUGGUCGGACUGGGAUCGCCGUGCCCAGACUGUUUCCCACGCUUUGAUCGUCCUUCCCAGCCCUCCGUUAGCGAGCCCAAUACCGGAGCCAUGUUCACACAGGGAACAGCCCUCUUCUCUCUCAAACCACCCUCUGUGAAUCAUGACGACAGCCCCUCCGCCAUCCCCCAUCGUCUGCUUCGGCGCCGCCCUGCCCUUUCGGCAAAGCGCUCAAACCCGCCCGCCGGCUGUUCUCACCAAGCACGGCACGGCACAGCUGACGCAAGCACCGGACCACUGCCCACUCUCUACUCGUGCUUGCUUGACCCGCCGUGA